UGUGCGUCAUGUCGCGGCGGCGGCACAGCGACGAGAAUGACGGGGGCCAACCUCACAAAAGGAGAAAGACAUCUGAUGCAAAUGCAACUGAAGAUCAUUUGGAAUCUUUAAUUUGCAAAGUUGGGGAAAAGAGUGUCUGUUCUUUGGAGAGCAACCUAGAAGGCCUAGCUGGUGUUUUGGAAGCUGAUCUUCCUAACUACAAGAGCAAGAUCUUAAGGAUUCUUUGUACAGUUGCGCGUCUGUUACCUGAGAAGUUGACAAUUUAUACAACAUUGGUUGGACUGCUGAAUGCCAGAAAUUACAAUUUUGGUGGAGAAUUUGUAGAAGCCAUGAUUCGCCAACUUAAAGAAUCAUUGAAAGCAAACAACUAUAAUGAAGCUGUAUAUUUGGUUCGUUUUUUAUCUGGUCUUGUGAAUUGUCAUGUAAUCUCUGCCCCUUCAAUGGUUGCUAUGUUUGAAAAUUUUGUAAGUGUAACUCAGGAAGAUGUACCUCAGGUGCGACAGGAUUGGUAUGUGUAUGCAUUCUUGUCAUCUCUGCCCUGGGUUGGAAAGGAAUUGUAUGAAAAGAAAGAUGCAGAGAUGGACCGCAUCUUCGCCAACACCGAAAGCUACUUGAAAAGACGGCAAAAGACUCAUAUACCCAUGCUACAAGUAUGGACUGCUGAUAAACCGCAUCCCCAAGAAGAGUAUUUAGAUUGCCUGUGGGCCCAGAUUCAGAAAUUGAAAAAGGAUUGCUGGCAGGAACGGCACAUCCUAAGACCUUACCUUGCCUUUGACAGCAUUCUGUGUGAAGCACUGCAACACAAUCUGCCUCCUUUUACGCCACCUCCUCACACGGAAGACUCAGUGUACCCGAUGCCAAGGGUCAUCUUUAGAAUGUUUGAUUACACAGAUGACCCUGAGGGUCCGGUUAUGCCAGGGAGUCAUUCAGUGGAAAGAUUUGUAAUAGAAGAGAAUCUUCACUGCAUCAUUAAGUCCCACUGGAAGGAAAGGAAGACUUGUGCUGCACAGCUAUUGAGCUAUCCAGGGAAGAACAAGAUCCCUUUGAACUACCACAUAGUUGAGGUCAUUUUUGCAGAGCUGUUUCAGCUUCCAGCACCUCCUCACAUUGAUGUGAUGUACACAACACUUCUCAUUGAACUGUGCAAACUUCAGCCUGGCUCUUUGCCCCAAGUUCUUGCACAGGCCACUGAAAUGUUAUACAUGCGUUUGGACACAAUGAAUACCACAUGCGUAGACAGGUUUAUUAAUUGGUUUUCCCAUCAUCUAAGUAACUUCCAAUUCCGUUGGAGCUGGGAAGAUUGGUCAGAUUGUCUUGCUCAAGAUCUUGAAAGUCCCAAACCAAAGUUUGUAAGAGAAGUACUGGAAAAAUGUAUGAGGUUGUCUUACCACCAACGUAUAUUAGAUAUUGUUCCAUCUACCUUCUCAACUCUAUGUCCUGCAAACCCAACCUGCAUUUACAAGUACGGAGAUGAAAGUAGCAAUUCUCUUCCUGGGCAUUCUGUUGCCCUCUGCUUAUCUGUUGCUUUUAAAAGUAAGGCAACCAAUAAUGAAAUCUUCAACAUUCUGAAAGAUGUACCAAACCCUAACCAGGAUGACGAUGACGAUGAAGGAUUCAGUUUUAAUCCAUUGAAAAUAGAAGUCUUUGUACAGACUCUGCUGCACUUGGCAGCCAAAUCGUUCAGCCACUCUUUCAGUGCUCUUGCAAAGUUUCAUGAAGUCUUCAAAACCCUAGCUGACGGCGAUGAGGGAAAGUUACAUGUCCUAAGUGUUAUGUUUCAGGUCUGGCGAAACCAUCCACAGAUGAUUUCUGUACUCGUGGAUAAGAUGAUUCGGACACAGAUUGUUGACUGUGCUGCAGUAGCAAACUGGAUCUUCUCUCCCGAACUUUCUCGUGACUUCACUAGAUUGUUUGUUUGGGAAAUCUUGCACUCCACAAUUCGUAAAAUGAGCAAACAUGUUCUGAAGAUCCAGAAAGAGCUAGAAGAAGCUAAAGAAAAACUUGCAAGGCAGCACAAACGGCGAAGUGAUGAUGAUGACAGAAGCAGUGACAGGAAAGACGGGGCUCUAGAGGAGCAAAUAGAAAGACUGCAGGAGAAAGUGGAAUCUGCUCAGAGCGAGCAGAAGAAUCUCUUCCUUGUCAUAUUUCAGCGUUUUAUUAUGAUCUUGACCGAGCACUUAGUGCGGUGUGAAACUGAUGGGACCAAUGUUCUGACGUCAUGGUAUAAGAACUGUAUAGAGAGGCUCCAACAGAUCUUCCUACAGCAUCACCAAAUAAUCCAGCAGUACAUGGUAACCCUGGAGAACCUCCUCUUCACUGCUGAAUUAGAUCCGCACAUCCUGGCUGUGUUCCAGCAGUUCUGUGCCCUGCAGGCCUAACGGUCAUUUUCCCCUCAUGUCAAGAUUUUUUUUAAUAUCUUAAAAUAAUUUGUCUUAU